AUGCGUGCGGACAUCGACACCCCUACCUUUGUGGGUCAAGAAAAAUUCAUCCGCAAGGGCAGCAGCCUCCCCUGCUGUCCUCACCUUCCGUUCACUUAUCUCCACCUGAGGGAAAGGAGACGCUUUAACAUUGCUGAUGUGGACGGCACACCUGGGCUGAAUGUGACAGAGUUCCUUGCCUUCACCCACCCAUCUAAAGUGGAUCACACGACUGAUUUUGCCAUUGAAAAUGUGUUAAAUGAAUAUGACACCGAUAAAGAUGGACUCAUCAAUCUGAAUGAAUUUAUUGGAGAUGUUCGUGGUGAAGAUUCUCCUUCCCAGUGGGCGAUCGAAGAAACCGUGCGCUUCCAAGACCUUUACAAUUAUUGCCAGUACAACGAUCAAGAUAAAGAUGGUGUGUUGAAUCGAGACGAGCAGCUCCGCUGGGUUGCACCUAACAGCUACGGCUCGGCAAGAGAAGAGGCUCUUCACCUCAUCCAAGAGAUGGACCACGAUGGAGACGGGAAGAUCUCAGUGGCCGAAGUAUUGAAGAAUCAAGAAGCGUUCAUGAACAGUGAAGUCACGGACUAUGGGAGACAGCUGCAUGCGUCACAUGAUGAACUCUAAUUAAACUUCGUGCUUUCUCAUUUGUGUCCACGAGGAUCUACAGUAUCUACAGUAGUGUGAUUUGUUGCUUUCACCGGAUUUAUGUGGUGACUAACUGAUGGUUGACGUAGAAAAUUACCUGGAAAGAUAAUAUGAUAUAUGACAACACCAGCAUAAUACAGCACACUGUUCACAUCCCCCCAAAAAGGCAAAUGUCAUGCAAAAUUCUGCUGUUUCCCUAUAAUUUGAGAACAACCAGUCUAUCUGUCACAGUUCCUCAAAACAAAUCAUUUAUUGCCACCUGAAACCGCUUUAUU